CGCGAAAUCAAUCGACCUGGACGGCAAUUGAAAUCUUUCUAAAAUUGUUUUCAAUCGCACCGUUGAACGUACAUUUAUAAAUUCGAACGAACGUGGGUCGAACAAUGAAAUUUCAUUUAGGAUUUUACCAAUGAAACGAUUUCAUUCGAACGAAGAAGGAAAGAGAAGGGCGCAAAAAGGAAAUUCGAGCGCGAGUCAUGAAACGAUUUGGUUCGUCGGUUUUCUAUGAAUAAGACUGUACUUUUUCUAUUAACGUACUUCAGAUUAUUCGCAGUACAUAUUAAUCGGAAUACACAGCGUCCGCUUAAAUAAAACGGGUCAGUAGAGAGAUAGUUCUGUGGUUAUUUCUUGCGGCGCGCCUACCAUCCUGACGAUGAAAAUAGAUUUUCAUUCGUGAAGUCACACGCAGAGAUGUUCUAGAUAUAUAAUUCGUGGCAAUUCCGUGAGUGAAUUGGCAGCCAUUUUUAAACUGCUUGCUUACUAUAAUAAAGUAGAAAACGAAUUAUGGAUAACGAUAAAACAGAUCGUCGUAUGGUAAUAUGCGAGGAGAGGAUAGAUUAAAUGCAACGGAAUCUUGACGAGGAUCAAAUGAGGGAAACGGCGAGCCUGUGAUCGGUGUGUACGUGUUGAGUGAUUCGUUUCGAGUGGACGGUACUCGAGCGAAUGCACUUCUUCCCCGUAAAAUUGAUGGAAAUGGUGAACUGUCAACACCUCUGCAAAAUGAGAAUAUGAAUUCGAUUCGAAUCACCGUGACGAGCGAGGAUCGGCUGGUUUGAAGGAUAAUUGUGUCGAUUGCGUGACGGGUGAACAGUUCGAUGCCGAAAGGCCCCGGCUAAGAGCAAUGUCGAUGUUAACAUGCAAGAGAACAACGAACACAAAAAUCGUGGCUCUCGAUUGCUAAGUUCCUAUAAUAAUGGCAGAUAAUGUACACAGAAAAUCGCAUAAGCUGUCGGAUGGUAGUAGUAGAAAGACGUCUAAUACAGUGCACCGUACCACCACCGAGACGAUUCGGUUAGGGGAGCCGGAAAAGCUGUACCAGCCGGUUAGUUUGACCAGCUCCAGCAACGUGACGGCCAGUAAUCAGUGUCGGAAAAAAACAUCGUCCUUUCAAAUAACAAGCGUUACCGUCGGUAGUCGUAUGAGCAACGAUGCUGGCGAAGAUUCGAACGACGACUUGGACGAGUCCCACACGGAGGACAAUUCUGUGGAACAUUCGCGGAUUACCGACAUCGACAUCGAAACGCCUAGCUACUCGGAAGAUACAUUCUCCAAAGAAGAUGUAUUCUUCAACACUAGCAACGCUGCCCUCAGCACUGCACCGGUGAUUCCUACCAGUUCUCAGUACGGUUUGGCGAUCGUGCCCUCCGAAGGGAAUAAUGUUAUUAAUUCGGUAAAUGACAGCAAUAUUAAUACUCUGGAUAUCACAUCUGUUACCGACAACAAUAUUAUCAACUUACUGUCAAGUAAUGCGAAACAGGACGCCGACCUGCGCGAAGUACAUUCGCAUGGUAGAAAUGAGCGGUUUAAAGUGGUUAAAAUUGAAAGUACCGAGCCUUUUAAGAGGGGAAGAUGGACGUGCAUGGAUUAUUUGGAUCACACGUCGGUCAAUCAGCCAACCGCGAUUGGUACCCCUAAAGUGUCGGAUCCGAACGAAGUGUGCAUAUCGUACGGAGUAACGGAUAGCGGGAUCGUGAUACCGGAUUCGUCUAAGCAAUCUGUUAUAUCCGAAGAUAAAGGCAUAGGUAUAGACGCGAAUGGACAAGUAUCUGCUCAUCAAGAUGUGCAUACAUCAAUUGGUGUACCGAGUAAUCCUGCGACUGUCUCAAAUGCUAAUUAUGCAGUAAGCAAUUCGAUUCCUCCCAAUGCACAGCAUAAUCCGACGCAAGUUCAAACUCAACAAAAGGUUCAAGCCCCAUCGCAAAUUCCCCCGUAUUUCCAAUCUUCGACCCAACAGUUAGCAUCUCAACCGCAACAGCAGCAACAACAGCAACAGGGAGGACAAGGCUCUACAUUACCUUCCAAUCUACAACCCACCCACCCAAGUAAUUUAACUCAACCUCAAAGUAUGCCCCAAGGUUCUAUUCCAAUUAUAACACAGACUGGUAAUAAUAAUGUGACAGCUCAGCAAAGUAUACCUCAUUCUAAAGAAGAUGCAUAUGUGACAGUGAGUACGCAGAAUCAAUCAUUACCAGUUCAGACAGUUUGUCCGCCAUCUGUUCAGCAACCACCGGUUCCAACGUCUCAGGCGACAAGCAUUCUGGUUACGCAACAACAACAGCAACAACAUGCUCCUCCUCCUCAACAACAGCAACAGCAACAACAGCUCCCUCCUACUCAACAACAGCAGCAGCAGCAGCAGCAACAGCAACAGCAACAACAACAACAACAGCAACAGCAGCAGCAGCAGCAGCAGCAACAACAGCCUCCACAGCCGCUUCAAACCCAAAAACCGAUAACACAAAUUUCUGAAUCAUUGACUGCCAUACAAGGAAUGCAGGGCAUCCAAAAUAUUCAUAAAGUUCCUCAGACAGGUGCGCAGCAAACUUCCUCGACUAUACAUGCUCCUGGAGCACCGGUACAAUCUCAAGUCAUACCUCCGUCUCAAAUGCAACCCCAAACUUCUGGUAGUAAUGCUCAAGUGCAAAUGGCGCAAGUGUCGGCUAGUUGCCAAAAUGUUGUAAGUGGUAUGCAACAAGGAAACAUGACGUUUCAUCAAUCUGACCCGGAGCAGGACUCCAUUUCAGGCAUAGUAGCUGCAUCCACAACUCAGUCAGCUGAUACCGCACUUCUAGAGUCUUUAACCGAAGUUACACAAGGCAGUGAUGAACAUCACACCCUCGAAGAUAAUGAAAGUAUGUCGGGGACUAGUGCUGUAGCAAUUGAUAAUAAGAUUGAGCAGGCUAUGGAUCUUGUUAAGAGUCAUUUGAUGUUCGCUGUACGAGAAGAAGUUGAAGUACUCAAGGAAAAAAUAGCAGAGCUUAUGGAUCGCAUCAAUCAAUUGGAAGCUGAAAAUUCAAUUCUAAAAGCUCAUGCAACUCCAGAAACGUUAGCUCAAUUGAGUCAAUCAACUGCAAAAUUACCCCAAAACAGUUCAGGAAAUGGUCAAUAGAUUCAGUCACUAAAAUUGGCGGUUCAACAAAGGAUUUCAAAUUGAAAAACAUGCCUUCGCAUCUUUUAGAUUACAUGUGAUUUUACGUUGAUAUUUUACUAUCAUUUUCAUUCAUAAAAGCAAUUGUUUACAUGAAACUAUGUAUUUUCAUUACUAUUAAACAUCAAACCUCGUGUUUUGUAAUCUGUACUCGAGUUGUAGUCUGAUUUUUGAAGUGAUGCAUAUUAUAAUUGAUAACAUGCUGAUACACAGGAAAACAGUUACAACUACUGGUGUGCAUUGAAAAAAAUCUACAAUUUCCUGUCAACUUUUUAUGUUACAUCUUAAACAUGCCUAAUAAAAGAAAUUUUUAAUGGUAUAUAUAUAUAUAUAUAUAUAUAAUACUCUUUUAAAAUUCCUAAUAAAAACUCGAAUUCCAUACUGUUGAUCGUUGAUGAAUUUGAAACGUUGCUUCGUGGUUUGUGUCGGGGUUACUGUGUUAAUCACAACUCGUUUUAUUAUGAUUUUUGAGAAAGUUUUAUUCGAUCGCUAUAAAGACUAAUGAUGACACGUUAACAUAAAAUCUUAUCAUGAUGAAAACCGUUUUUUCAAUCAGAGAAAUCAGAGUUCAUAAUUACACCUUACAAAUUUAUAAAUGUUAUAAAUUUUUCUAGGAAGGAAAAAAUUAACAACAUACAUGUUCUUCUUCUCAUAUCAUUAUCAAUAGCGUGAUUUCUUUUUAGAGCUAUUGCGCACAAACAUGGUCAUAUUAUAUUUAUAUAAAUA